AUGGACUCCACACGAGGCGGCAUGUCGACGGUUGGGUACUCCAAUGGCAACGACGGUACAUUCAUCAUCAACGGGCCAGCAGGCGGACCAGCGGCUACCAACAUGGCUGCGCGACUGCAGAUACCAGCGGCAGAACUCAACCACAUGUUCAGUCCGCUAGCGCUCGAGCGGAUGUUCCAGCGGGCGCCAUCAUCGAACCAAGGCAGCUCAACGAACAACACGGCAUCAAUAGCCGGGAUGCUGUGGAACGGCGGCGGCGGCGGGGCAGCAGUAGAGGAGAACGGCAAAACAUUGCAGCUGCUGUUGCUGAACGGCAGCAAUCCGGAGACAGGCGAGCAGCAGAUGGUGACGCCGGUCUCGCCGCCCAACCACAUUGCAUCGCCGCCCAGCAGCAUACGUGGCGAGUCUGCAUUCUCGCGGGCAGGCAGCGCCGAGCAGUUCCCGGCGCCAUUACCGCCCAGCACACAUCGGCCAAUGUCUAUGUACGAUAUGCAGGAGGGUGUGGCCCCGCAGUCGGCAGGCGUGUCGUUGCGGCACGAGGCGAUGAUGCGGGCGUCGCCCCAUAUGACCGCGGCGCUGGCUGGGGGCAGUCACGUGCCGGGCCGCGCAUCGGCGGCACCGGAGCUUCUGGUCGGGCGGCCACGCGCCUACACAUACACAAACGAGGCGCCCAUGCAGCCCGCACGUGCAGCUAGGCCGCCGGGCCACCAUAAGGCUCUGAGCCAAGUGGCCAUGGGCAUCAGCCGGCCGAGCUCCGUGCCCAGUACGGCGCCCGGCAGCGCUCGCAAAGGCAGCGAUGGCAGCAAUGUGCGGUUGAUCCGGCCCGACCCGCGCAUGCCAUUGCCGAACCGAGUCGGCGACAUGGUUCUGGACCGCGACGCUGGGUGGGUCAACAUUAACGAGGUGCAGCAAGCCGAGAUCCGCCGCGGCGAUACCAUCAUGCCAGGGUCGGCGCGGUCGACCCUGUCCAAGGGGACGCAUGUGAUCUCCGCCCAACCCUCGCCCACCAACGACCCGCGGCCCGUGCACGAGAUGAGCGAGCGCAAGCAGCCGGAGCGAGCCGACUCAGCCUACGGUACUGCGACGCUGCGUGACGACGGCAUGGGAACGGUUGUCAGCAAGCUGGUGCCGGCGCCGGAAGGCGCAUCGGCGACAGCCGUGGCAUUGAGCGGCGUCGGGAUCCGGACGAUCAAGGCACUGCCGCAGCUGCCAACCAACAUCGAAACCAUGGUGCUGGACAACAAUAAGCUGCAGAGCCUGGUUGGACUACCGAUGGGGCUGGUGCAUCUGACGGUGUCGGCGAACUGGCUGACCUUCGGCUCGGCCGAACAGUCGCGGUUCUCGUUUGCGCGCGAGCUGCCGCAUCUGGAAUUCCUGGACGCCAGCAGCAACGAGAUCGCCGACAUUGCCGUAUUCUCGGACCUAAGGCAUCUGCGGCGACUGGUGGUGAGCCGCGCGCGUAUCAGCUCGAUGCGCGGGCUGGUUGGGUGCCGGCGGCUCGAGCAGCUGACAUUGCGCGAUAAUGCGAUUGCCGAGUUGGACCUGGACCCGGCGCAGACCCCGCGGCUGGCAUCGCUGGACCUCAGCAAUAACCGCCUGCGCGUGCUGCCAGCACGUAUUAGCGAGUUCACGUGCCUGCGGGCGCUCAACGUCGACCGCAACGAUCUGGAGAGUAUUGAGCUGCGCGGUGCUCCGUCGCAUGUGCGCGAGCUGCGGCUCUCGGAGAACCCGCGCGUGCUGCGUCCGAGCGCCGGCAUUGUGGAUGCGCGUGCGUGGCAGGCCAAGUUCCCGCGGCUGCGCACGCUGUACAUGGACACGUGCUACGCCAAGCAGCUGGUGGGAGCGCUGGCCAGCGGCCCGCAGACAUGGCCGACGCUAACGAAUCUGUCGCUGCGCGGCUACGUCACGCAGCCCGCGCUGGCCGUGGAUUUCGCCUGCCUGCGCAACCUGCGCAACCUGUACCUGCCGGACACGCGCCUGGAGCUGCCACCCACUCUGCCUUUGCUGCCUCACCUGCGCCAGCUAGUGAUUAGCAACGCAGACCUGCAGCGUCUGCCUGCGAAUCUGGGCGCCGCUCUGCCGGCCUUGCAGCAUCUGGACGUGGGCUAUAAUCCGAUGCUGUCGGAUCUCUCGCCUGUUGUGCAGCUCAGUGGCCUGGAGGUUCUGCGGGCGCCCGGAAUUGGCGUGCGCCCCAUACCCCAGUACAACUCUGACGGACUGGAGGAGUUUCCGCCGCUGGGUGACUCGCUGGCGGAGAUGCAGGCGCGCGGUGCCUGUGCGCUGGUGGGGUCGCUGGCGCGCCUGCGUCGCUUGCGGGUGCUCGAUCUGCGAUUCAAUGCGGCCACCGAGGAGCUUUAUGCGCCGAUGGACGCACCCGAGCCAUCGCCUAUGGCUAGUGUGUUUGCCCCCACACCGGAGCUGCGCGAUGAGAGCCAGCGCUCGAUGCGUCCGCGCAGCAACACGACGGCUAGUGUAUCGGCUGCUCCGCCUGGCUUUGUCGAGGCUGUGUGGCAGAAGAGCGAUGUGCAGUAUGUCGACCAGCUGCGUCGCAUGGGCCGCGCCCACGUCAUCCAGCGCCGCGAGCAGUACUGGGCCACUGCGAUUGCGCUGUUCCCGAAUCUGCAGGUCCUGGAUGGCUCCAAGAUCCCGCCGCACUAG